AUGGUCGACUUCAACGUAAAUGGUAAAGUAGCGGUCGUAACAGGCGGAACCCGUGGGUUGGGAUUCUAUUGCGCUGAGGCACUUGUUGAGAAUGGCGCAGACACCGUUGUGAUCACUUCUCGGAAAGCCGAUGCCUGCGAACAAGCUAAAAAGGAAUUGGAAAAAUUAGCCGAAUCAAAGGGUAAGAAGUGUAAGAUCAUUGCAAUUCCAUCGGAUCUUGCUGACGAAAAGUCUUGUACCCACUUUUUUGAGGAAACUACCAAGCAAGUGUCUAAGGUAGACAUCCUCAUUGCCAAUGCAGGUGCCAGUUGGGGUGCUCCCUUGGAUGAACACCCAGUUUCCGCGGUAAAGAAAGUGUUACACUUGAAUGUGGUUGCUGUUUUCCAAACGAUUCAAUUGUUCGCUCCAUUGUUGGAAAAGAGUGGAACUGUCGAGGAUCCUUCUCGAGUGCUCAUUAUGUCUUCUGUGGUGUCUUUGGUUGCUUCAGAGCCGGUGGGAACUUACGGUUACUUGGCUUCUAAAGCUGGUGUUUCUCACUUGGGUAAGAACUUGGCCGUUCAGCUCGGUCCUAAAAACAUUCUCGUUAAUUCUAUGGCCCCUGGUUUCUUCCCAUCCAAAAUGUCCAACGGAAUGCUUGAAAUGGCAGGCGAUAUGAUGAUCGAGUCGAACCCCAGAAGAAGAUUAGGGGUCAAGGAAGACAUUAAGAGUGCUUGUAUUUUCCUUUGUUCGAAGCAGUCAAACUACGUAAAUGGUAUUGUCUUGCCCAUUGAUGGUGGAGCACACUUGGCUGGUUUACCCAAGUUUUAG